GGCUGUGGGGCGCUUUGACUCUCCUUCCACGCAGCCUCCUUGGACUCCUCUCCUCCGCCCUCCGGACUCCCGUCUCCUCGCGGUCCCCUGGCUUCCCAGAACCCCCUCCUUAUGGCAGCAGCCCCCCGAGCCCCCGGCGCAGCUCCUCAGCGGACGACCCUCUCGCUCCCGGGGCUGGGCCGGGUCACUGGAUGUUGCUGAAACUCCGGAGAUCAUGCGCGGCUUUGGCUGCUGCUUCCCCGUCGGGUGCCACUGCCGCCGCCGCCGCCUCUGCUGCCGCCGUCCGCGGGAUGCUCAGUAGCCCGCUGCCCGGCCCCCGCGAUCGUGUGUUCUUCGCAAGCCGCUUGCUGCUGCAGAGUUGAGCGAACUAGUCAUGGUGCUGUGGGAGUCCCCGCGGCAGUGCAGCAGCUGGACACUUUGCGAGGGCUUCUGCUGGCUGCUGCUGCUGCCGGUGAUGCUCCUCAUCGUGGCCCGCCCGGUGAAGCUCGCGGCUUUCCCUACCUCCCUGAGUGACUGCCAAACGCCCACCGGCUGGAACUGCUCCGGUUAUGAUGACAGAGAAAAUGAUCUCUUCCUCUGUGACACCAACACCUGUAAAUUCGAUGGGGAAUGUUUAAGAAUUGGAGACACUGUGACUUGCGUUUGUCAGUUCAAGUGUAACAGUGACUACGUGCCUGUGUGUGGCUCCAAUGGAGAGAGUUACCAGAAUGAGUGCUACCUGCGGCAGGCUGCAUGCAAACAGCAGAGUGAGAUCCUUGUGGCGUCUGAAGGAUCAUGCGCCACAGAUGCAGGAUCAGGAUCUGGGGAUGGAGUUCACGAAGGCUCAGGAGAAACCAGUCAAAAGGAGACUUCCACCUGUGAUAUUUGCCAGUUUGGUGCAGAAUGUGAUGAAGAUGCCGAGGAUGUCUGGUGUGUGUGCAACAUCGACUGCUCUCAAACCAAUUUCAAUCCCCUCUGUGCUUCUGAUGGGAAAUCUUAUGAUAAUGCAUGUCAAAUCAAAGAAGCAUCAUGUCAGAAACAGGAGAAAAUUGAAGUCAUGUCAUUGGGUCGAUGUCAAGAUAACACAACUACCACUACUAAAUCUGAAGAUGGGCAUUAUGCAAGAACAGAUUAUGCAGAGAAUGCUAACAAGUUAGAAGAAAGUGCAAGAGAACACCACAUACCUUGCCCAGAACAUUACAAUGGUUUCUGCAUGCAUGGGAAGUGUGAACAUUCUAUCAAUAUGCAGGAGCCAUCUUGCAGGUGCGAUGCUGGUUAUACUGGUCAACACUGUGAAAAAAAGGACUACAGUGUACUGUACGUUGUCCCCGGUCCUGUGCGAUUUCAGUAUGUCUUAAUCGCUGCUGUGAUCGGAACCAUUCAGAUUGCUGUCAUCUGCGUGGUGGUCCUCUGCAUCACAAGGAAAUGCCCCAGAAGCAACAGAAUUCACAGACAGAAGCAAAAUACAGGGCACUACAGUUCAGACAACACAACAAGAGCAUCCACGAGGUUAAUCUAAAGGGAGCAUGUUGCACAGUGGCCGGACUACCGAGAGCUGGGACUACACAAUACAGUAUUAUAGACAAAAGAAUAAGACAAGAUUUCUACACAUGUUGCCUUGCAUUUGUGGUAAUCUACACCAAUGAAAACAUGUACUACAGCUAUAUUUGAUUAUGUAUGGAUAUAUUUGAAAUAGUAUACAUUGUCUUGAUGUUUUUUCUGUAAUGUAAAUAAACUAUUUAUAUCACACAA